UACCUUCAGUUACAGACGAGUUUCAGAGCAGUGCGGUUCGCAGCGAUCAUUGUAGAGUUGGCGAGAUAUCAUAAAAUAAAAAAGAAAUUGUGAAAGUUCAUUGAAAUACCGGAAAUACAAAUCUUACACAUACAAGUACAUAAAUAAGUACAUAAGUGGUAAAAAAAAAUUGUUGUUGAAUAAGCAAUAAUAUAAACCAAUAAAAUAUUAGCAACCGGAACACGCGCUAAUUUUCAUAAAAGUGCUGAGACAACUGCGUCGCAUUCAAGGAUAUAAAUAUAAAUAUAAAAAGCAAAAACAAAACUAAAAAACAGUGCGACAAAAUACAAAGAGAGUUGCAAAAUUAGAGAGCGAACGCAAGCAGCAGCCAACUAGCAACCAACACUAGCAACAUGUUGCAGCAACAUCAGAUGUUAACAAUGGCCAUCGCCAUGCUGUUUGUACUGGUGAACGUGGCGGCCGGACAACAGCUGAAGGGCAACCAAGAGGAUCCGUGCAAGGUGAAAGGACGUGUGGUUGGCGAUGAAGUCUAUUGUGACCGUUAUUGGGAGUGUGUCAGCAGUCAGCCCGAGCUUUACGAUUGCCCCAAUGGACUGGUCUUUGCCGGGAAGCACCGUGGCGUUACAGAAGGCUGUGAUUAUCCGUGGCGCGCCAACUAUUGCGAGGGCAAGCAAUUAGCGAAUGGUCCCCUAUCGACGGAACAUUGCGACUGGUUGUACGGCAUCUUCGGGCAUGAGACCUCCUGCACACGCUAUUGGACCUGCUGGAAUGGUACCGCCACGGAGCAGCUUUGCAUCGGCGGUCUGCUGUACAAUGAGAAUGCCCACAGCUGCGAUUGGCCGGAAAAUGUAGAUGGCUGUCAGAAGCAUCCUCUCUGCAAUGACGAUGCCAAUGGUAAUGUCCCAUUGGGUAAAUCCUGCAACCGUUAUUGGCAAUGCCAGGGCGGUUAUCCGCGCUUGCAACGUUGUCCCGCUAUGUUGGUAUUCGAUCGGCAUUCGCUGCGUUGCGUCGUACCACCGACGGAGGAGUGUGAUAUACCAACAACGCCAACGCCACUCGACGGCGAGGGAGAGAAUAACAAUGUUGGCGGCGGUCAGCUGUCCAAGGACGAACAGGAGCGAAAGUUAACUACUGUAAAAACAAACUCAAAAUUACUUCCACAACUCAAAUACCCGAGCAAGGAAUGUGCCAACAACAAGUGGGAGGACGCGCACAUGAAGUCGUACGUUAGCAUAAAAGCACGUUGCUUACUACCGAAACCAGUCAAGCGCUUGCCAAUGGCAGCGCAGCAGGUUGCCAGUUGCUUGGCAACAACAACAAUAGCAACAGCGGCAUGA